GAAAGAGAGUCGCAUCAGUGCUUUAAUUGAUCAGAUCGAAAGAGAGAAGAUGGGAGACAACGCAACAACUCACCUGGAGAAGAUGGGUAGAGAACUCAACUGCCCUCUCUGUUUGAGUCUAUUUAAUUCUGCAGUUUCGCUUUCAUGCAACCAUGUCUUCUGCAAUGAAUGUGUAGUGAAAUCCAUGAAAGUUGAUGCUACUUGUCCUGUCUGUAAAAUCCCUUUCCAUCGUAGAGAGAUUCGAGGUGCUCCUCAUAUGGAUAGCUUGGUGAGCAUCUACAAGAACAUGCAAGUUGCUUCUGGUGUCAACAGCCAGGCUAAACCAUCAUCACCAGAAAAAGAAGUGCAUGUGGGAGAUGCUUCCAUUGAGAAGGAAAAUGGCAAGAAACGUCAGGGAUCUAGUAAGGCCCGAACAUCAAAGAGGAGAGGGUCUAAGAAAACCAAGGAGACAGAUGUAGAUUCCUCUGCUCCUAUUGUUAUGAAACCUUCAUCCCAAACCAAUAAAAGGGUGCAGCUUUCGCAAAUUCCCUCUUCUGAAAGUUUAACAAAAUCGACAAAAUCUCUUGAAUCAGCUGGAAAUCUCAAGGACUACACUGAUAAAACUGUGAUUCGUUUGAGUGAGCAUCCGAGUCUGAGUAAAGAAGAGAAUCUGGCACCUUUGUUUUGGUUGAGAGAUGAAGAUGAUAGGGAGAGCUUAAGCCAGCCAACAGAAAGUGAUCAACUUUUAGAUGUUACACCUGUUGAUGUUCCCUCUUUCAGUGAUUUGAAGGACUCGGAUCAUGAGAGCCCAUCCAAAGCUGUUGGGCAAGAAAAGCCAAAUGCGGGAGACAUCUUUGACAGUGAAAUGUUUGAAUGGACUCAAAGGGCUUCUUCUCCAGAGAUUCUACCAAGUCCUGUGAAGGCCAAGGCACUAGGUAGAGGUGAGGUUGAUCUUCCUCUAAGGAAACUAUCUAAAGAUGCGUCAUCAAAUAAAAAACGCAAAGCAGGAAGUGCGAAAAAUAAAGCUGCUAAAGUACGUGUUGGGGUUUCCAAUGAGGACUACAUGGCAUCGUCUGCAGGAGAAAGUAUUGGUGAGAAACAAGAGACUGGUGGGACUUCUGGCAAAUCUAUCAGGACAGAUGAAAAGCUUGAUGAAAAUGUGAAAGCUAAACGGGCUACAAGAAACAAGGGCCAGGCUUCAGGAGUUCAGUCUGGUGUAAAAAUAUCUGUUGAAACCGAGGGAAAGCAGAGAACAAAGAGGAAAAGAUCUAGCGUUAAGGUUUCUGCAGAGCACACGGUUGAUGGAUCUAAUGAGCUCUCACUUGAAACAGAAAAACAAAGUCCUGCAGAGAAACCCUCAGUGAAAAAGAGAAGAAAAUCCCAAACGGGUGAUCUGUCUGGGAUAAGUGAAAAUAAGACUUCUCAAAAGAGAUCAAAGCUCGAUCCCUGUGCAAUUCCAAGCAGAGGUACUCAACCGCGUGGCAAGAAAAUCCCAAGUGAUGAGUUGAAUCAAGUGCGUGAUGGACAAGAGUCAACGAACAAAAAGAAAUCCAAUGUGGAUGAAGGCAAUCAUACCGUGCAAGAUUCAGAGAAACGCUCAACGAUAAACAAACCCUCACUUGGAAGUAGUGUACUUCUGCGACGAUGUGAUGGAGCACCAACAAAUAAAUUAACUUGUGCAUUCUGUCAAUCCUCAGAUGAAACAGAGGCUUCAGGGAAAAUGGCUCACUACCAUAAAGGUGAACCUGUCUCUGCAGAUUUUGAUGGUGGGUCUAAGGUCAUACAUGUUCACAAAAACUGUGCUGAAUGGGCUCCAAAUGUAUACUUCAACAAACUUACCGCAGUCAACCUUGAUGUGGAGCUGACAAGAAGCCGGAGAAUAACUUGCAGUUGCUGUGGGCUUAAAGGGGCAGCACUUGGUUGUUACAACGAGAGUUGCAAGAAUAGUUUUCACGUUACGUGUGCAAAACUGAUACCAGAAUGCAGAUGGGACGAUAAAAACUUUGUAAUGCUAUGCCCUAUGGAUGCAUCAUCUAAGUUGCCCUGUGAAGAGACUAGUCCAAAAGAAAGAAAACGCAAGCGUAAUCCUAAAGGACCACUGCAAUCUCAGCCUAAUCAAGUAUCUGAAAAGACUGACAUCAGUGAGCUCCAGUGCAAGCCUUUUCAUGGAUUACCCAAGAAAAUGGUUCUAUGCUGUUCAGGACUUACAGAAGAAGAGAAGAGUGUGAUUUCUGAAUUUGCUGAGCUGUCUGGAGUUACAAUCUCGACAAAGUGGGAGCCAAGAGUUACACAUGUCAUUGCAUCAACCAACGAAAAUGGAGCCUGCAAAAGGACACUCAAAUUCAUGAUGGGGAUCUUGGAGGGGAAAUGGAUUCUGAGCAUUGACUGGAUCAAGGCCUGUAUGAAAAACAGAGAAUAUGUAAGCGAGGAGCCAUAUGAGGUUUCCAUUGAUGUUCAUGGAACACGGCAAGGACCAUAUACUGGAAGACAAAGAGCUUUGAACAAGAAACCAAAACUUUUUGAAGGACUAAAGUUUUACAUGAAGGGAGAUUUCGAGGUUGCUUACAAAGGGUAUCUUCAAGAUAUGAUUGUCGCAGCAGGAGGAACAAUCCUGCGCCGGCGACCCAUUUCUAAUGAGGAUGAUGAAGCUUCCACGAUCGUAGUAUUUAAUGUUGAGCCGAGCAAGAAGAAAACUCUGACGGAAAGAAGAUCCGAUGCUGAGGCCUUGGCUAGAUCUGUUAAUGCAAGAGCUGCAAGUAGUUCAUGGGUCUUGGAUUCGAUUGCAGGUUGCCAAAUUCUAGACUUGAUAUAAGUUCCAUGAACCAUCUCUGGAUGUUUUUUCUUGUUUUUGGUUUUGUCAGAAAGACUUAUGGAGCAUUGUGUUAAUAUUUUUCUUCUUACGUUUUAAUUAUGAAGGGAGUCAAAUUUUCAGUA